CUGUCACAUUAUCAUUAUCACUGUAGAAUAUUCCAGGAGAAAGACCAAAGGUCCUUCUUGCGAUCUUGUAUCCAGAAGAAUUUGACUCAAAAUACAAUAGUUAUAUGUGAUGGAUUGAACUACAUAAAAGGUUACAGGUAUGAGUUAUUUCUUAUUGGAAAGCUUUGUAAAACUACGUUUGCCGUGCUGCACUGUCAUGCUGAUGAGUCUACAUGCAAGUGGUUGAAUGAACAAAAGAGUGAGGAUUCAAGGUAUACCGAGAGUAUUCUUAGUGAACUAAUUAUGCGAUAUGAGAAACCUGAUCCACGAAAUCGAUGGGACUCUCCAUUAUAUGAGCUCAAAAUCGGAAGAAGUGAAAGAAGUCCUGAGGAAGCACCUGACGAUAUGGGCAUCGACUUGGAGCAUCCAUCUCCGAAGUUUGUGGACAUACCUUUCUCGGACAUCUUCAGUUGGAUGUGUGAGGGUAAAGCCCUCACUCAAAAUCAAAGCACUCAAGUUGUUCCUAUAGCGCCCAUCAAUUUCCUUCAUGAACUUGAUCGUGUUACUCAAGAGGUCACGAACGAAAUAAUCCAGGGACAAAGAAACGCAGUUGUGGGGCAGCAUAUAAUUAUUACAGCACACGAACCGGACCCCAACAAGGUGGCAAUCAAGAAGCCUCGUACACUAGCCGAACUCACGCGACUCCGACGGCAGUUUAUCAAUAUGUCUAAAACCAAUCCAAUCGAUAGCAAGUCUAAGAUAGCUUCUUUGUUCAUACAUUACCUCAACAGUAAUGUUUAA